UCGGCUCUUACUUUGCCAGUUUAAUUAAUCCGUCGAAGUCGAUUGUGAAGACGUGAAUCUAAGAAGAACCAGAAGGUUCCACUCCCUCAGCCCCUGCCCCGCCCAGCACCUCUGCCGGCGUCCAGCUCCACAGCCUCCUGCUAAUUCUCUUCCUUCCGCUGCUCAACGCCGUAUGUCAUCGCCACCCCUUUGAAGCCACCGGCCGGAGACCUUCGAUAGCCAGCCACAGCUACACCGUCGCGACCCACCUCAGUUUCACUGCGUAAUUUCACGUUCUUUGAUCUGCAUUUGGGAUCCAAACAAUAAGAUGAUCACAGGAUGCCAAUAUCAGACUAGAGGCCUUCUUUUGCACAAAUGGCAAUACCCUGGUUUGAGGAAGACAACAUCACAUACAUUACACGCAAGGUUUUUGAAAAAGAAACCAAUAAGUUGUUCAAUACAUCAAUCGAUUGAAAUCUCCCCUGUUGUUGACAAGAAGAGGGAUGAAAAUAAGAGACCAUUGGUUAAAAUGUGUGGAAUCACAUCAGCUAAAGAUGCAGCUCUAGCAGCAGAAGCUGGAGCUGACUUUAUUGGAAUGAUCCUUUGGCCUAAUUCAAAACGUUCAGUUUCAAUAUCAACUGCAAAAGAAAUCUCAAAAGUUGCACGUGAAUAUGGGGCAAAGCCUGUUGGAGUAUUUGUUGAUGAUGACUCCAACUCUAUUUUAAAAGCUUCUGAUGAUGCGGAUCUUGAAUUUGUGCAGCUUCAUGGAGAUGGAUCACGGGAUGCAUUUUCUGUUCUAUCAAAGGAAAAACAAAUUGUUUAUGUUCUUCAUGCAAAUGAAGAUGGUAAACUUCUCAAUCAUAUAUCAGAUGGAGAUUGUUGUUUGGUAGAUUGGAUUCUGGUGGAUAGUGCAAAAGGAGGAAGUGGUAAAGGAUUUGACUGGUCAAAGUUCAAGCUACCACCAAUAAUGAGCAAAAACGGGUGGCUAUUGGCGGGAGGGAUCAAACCAGAAAAUGUAAUUUCAGCUCUUUCAAUCUUAAAACCAGAUGGAGUUGAUGUGAGUAGUGGUAUAUGUGCUUCAGAUGGCAUUCAGAAAGAUAAAUCACGCAUAUCAUCUUUCAUGACAUCUGUAAAUUCUGUUCAAUAUUAAUCAUAAUCCAUCAAGAAAAAAAAAACAUGAAAAUGUGCUCGUUGUCUGUAACUCUUUUUUGAUUUCAUGUCAAAUCAAUGGAAAGCAACAAUGAAACCUUUCUAUUAAUUGAUAUUUCUCAAUUA